CGUGACUCAGCGGCCGUCCUGCUCCGAUGCUGCUAAGCUCUGGACUCUGAGCCCUGAACCAGUGAGCCACCAGCCGCAUAAGCAACCAGAUGUGGAAUCUGCUCCCACAUCUUCGGAUGAGUCUCUGAAGCUCUGGAUCACCUUCUCUCACGUAGUCUUGGAUGCUUGAGUCCGGAUCUCCACCGCGGCCUGGAUCACCAGCAGGAACACGUGAGGCCCCGGACAGGACACCUGGACACACCUGACUAUCUCCGUCCUAAUGAACUCUUCUGUCCCGUCAGUGUCCAGGAUGCCAGGUAGCAAAGACAGGCCAAUCAUUCAGGAGGUUGAGCCACUCGUAUGUAUAAAACAGACUGAUUUGACUCCAGCCCUCACCUGCUGAGAAACUGACUCCAAUCCACAUUUUUCUCUGAUUCAACUUUUACAGGCAAAUAACAAUGAAUGGCCCAGUGAAUCUUGUCCUACUGGGAAUGUCAGGAACUGGGAAAAGCAGUUCUGGAAACACAAUCCUUGGAGAGAAACUGUUUCUGGCAAAGAGCAGCUCAAAACCGGUGACCACAAAGUGCCAGCUGGAAAAAACUAUGAUAAACGGCUUACAUGUUCGAGUGAUUGAUACACCUGACAUGUUUGAUGACGACAUGGAAUCAUCAGUCCGAGACAAACUUCUGAAAAAUUCCACAAAUCUGUGUGGGUCUCAUCCUCGCGUGUUUGUUCUUGUCCUUCAGGUUAGUAGAUUUACAGACGGGGAGAGAGACGUCCUGACAAAGUUAAAGAAAAUGUUUGGGGGAAAAGUCAGUGAACAAAUGAUCAUCCUGUUCACUCGUGGAGGCGAUCUGAGUCGAGCCGGGAUGAGCUUGAAAACCUUUUUACAUCAAUGCCAGCGUGACCUGAGAGAAAUAGCUGAAACGUGUGGCGGGAGGUGCGUUCUAUUUGAAAAUAAGGAUUCAGAUACAAGUCAAGUGGAAGAUCUGAUAGAGACAGUAAAGGAGGUGUUGGCAGACAACAGUGAAGCUUCAUGUGAGGUGGAAGAUUCUGCAAAUACGAGUCAAUAGCAAGUAACAACAGUUAGUUAUUCAUGACAACAUCUUAUUACCAGACAUAUUAUCAACAUCUUACUGAACAGGUUAGAACUGUGCUGUCAUUCUAGAGCGAUUAUGUAAAAGUAAGUUUGGGAACGUCCCCAGAAUGAGUUCAACUAAACCGCUGAGCUGUUCAACAUGGCGCUACUUUCAGUUUGUUUCUCCAGACACUUUUAAUAAGACGCAGAGAAACAGAUCAAUCCAAACACGUCUUCACAAUGUCUACACUUCUCAUGACAUUAAACCUUACAGAGCAGUUAUACAGCGACUGACAAUUUACCUGGAGGUGCAAGUCUUCGGCUCCAUAGCAGCAAAAAACAAAUAAUAAAGAGAAAAAUGUUUGAAAUCCUUAAAAACUGAGAAGCAGGAGAAAG